CUCAACUCAUUAGUUAGUACUUGUGAUUUGACUUUGUUGCUGGCUGCGCGAUGGUUCUUCAAAAUGUCAGUCUGGACACGAUCAAGACUACUUUUUUUCGACGAAUGUGCAAAGAGGAAGUCGUCGAAUCUCACCAGAAGGACAUUCAGCUCGAAGACCUCAGGGCGGCUCCAACAGCUGAUAAAAAAAAUGCCAGUAAAAGUUUUACGACUCGCCAAAAAGUUGGGUUGGUUAUGCUUGCCACCGUGGAGUUCUCCAGCUAUUGCUCAAUGUCCAUCAUGGCACCUUUCUAUCCGCGCGAAGCUAGGGAUAAGGGCAUGUCGGAAUCUUUAGCCGGAUUCGUAUUCAGCUUUUACGCUUUAAUCAUAUUCGUAUCAUCGCCAAUAUUCGGUAAAAUUUUGCCGAAAGUCGGUGUCAAACUUCUAUUUAUUGGAGGUAUAGUUACCUCGGGAAUAUGCAGUAUUAUAUUUGGGACUCUCCAUUACAUCGACGAUUUUUACCUCUUCGCAACGCUGUCUUUCCUGAUCAGAGGUCUCGAAGCAUUGGGAGCUGCAGCAUACGCAACUGCAGGAUACGUCCUCGUCAUUAACAUUUUCCCAAAUAAUGGUGGAACUGUACGAGGCAUACUUGAAACGUUCGUUGGUUUAGGUAUGAGCGCCGGUCCUGCCAUAGGUGGAUUUCUCUAUGCGAUUGGAGGCUUUGGGUUACCAUUUUACGUAGUUGGUACGAUAACAUUAUGCGUUGCACCGUUAAAUGUCUUCUUGUUGCCAUCAAGUAAAGAAUGUAACGUGAACAUGAAGAGCGGCUCCUUUAGGAGCAUACUUAAAAUUCCGUCUGUGAUUGUAACCUGCUUUAUUAUUGCCCUCGUCUCGACGACCUGGGGAUUCCUCGAUCCAACGUUAGAACCGCAUCUGAGACAGUAUAAUUUAAGCGCCAGUAAUAUUGGUCUCAUCUUUCUUCUUCUCUCAGGGAUGUACGGAAUAUUCAGCCCUUUUUGGGGUUGGGUUUCCGAUAAAGUUACAAAUUAUUGGUGCCUUAUGACUUUUGGUUUGUUCAUGACCAGUUUCAGCUUAGUAUUAUUGGGGCCUUCGCCAAUUUUGCCAUUCCUCAAAGAAUCGAUUUGGCUCCAUAUUAUAGCAUUAUCAGCAUUAGGUAUUUUUGUUGCUAUGGGUUUAAUGCCAACAUACCAAAGUAUUUUGGAUGGUGCUGUCCGAGAUGGAGGAUUUUCGGAUAACAUAGGGACGCACAGUCUGGUUGCUGGUCUUUGGUCAUGCAUAUACUCGUUGGGUGAGAUGUUGGGUCCGGCAAUCGGUGGAGCUCUUCUGCAGCAAUGGGGCUUUCCAACAGCAGCCACGUGUCUUGCUGGUGCGAAUUUGUUGGCGGCUAUUUGCACGUCUAUAUUCUUCUACAUGAAGAGAGUAAGGAGUAAAGUGGAAGCAGUGCCGAAGGAUUCGGACUCGGAUUUAGAAAAGACAAACAGUGCAACGACGAUACCGCUGGAAAACGGCUGCAGCAACGGUGAUAUUUACACUAUCGAGAAUAACGGAUCUGUUAAAAUGUAAUUGAUAUUAAAUUAUAUAUUUUUUAUAUUGUU